AUGACAACUUUUAAAAUAACGUAUGAAAAUAUUACAAGGUGUUUUAUAAUGCCAAAAGAAAAUUUAGCAUCAUGGUACGAAUUAGAAACGAAAACACGUGAUGUAUUUGGAAUUCCACAGCCUUUACAAUUCGGUUUAACUUACGAAGAUCGUGAAGGUGAUAUUAUUACAUUCUCAUCCGAAGAUGAAUAUAAAGAUGCAUUAUUAUCUUUAGAAUCUAAGGUUAACAAAAAUAUUGAGAAUGAUAAAAACGAUGAUAUAAUUACUAUGAAAUUUGGAUUAGUCAUUUUACCUAUAUUUACUGAUAAAAUGUCAAAUAAUGAUAUAACAAUUAGUGGUGAAGAUUUCGAAGAAUUAAAAGAUAAUUCUAAAUUAGGAUAUAUUGUAUCAUAUCAUAUGACAUCCAGUAUCCCAAAAUAUCCUAAUUUGCUGUCUAGAUCUAAUUUUAAGAUUGAUUCUUCUUUGAUAAAACCAGAGCAAUUAAAGAUAAUUAUCAAUUGGAUCAGAAAUGAAAAAAACAUCAAUUCUACCUCACCUAAAAAUAAAUACACAUUUACUCUUUUAUACAAGGCAUCACAUGAUGGUUUUCAAAAUAAUACAUUUAAUAAUAAAUGUGAAAGUCAAGGCUCUUGUCUUGUAGUUACAAAAUGUAAUGAAACAAACAAGAUUAUUGGUGGAUAUACUUCAGUUGGAUUUAUUUAUCAGAAUGGCUUUUAUGCUGAUUCUCAAAGUUUUUUAUUUUCUUUUGAUUUUAAUGAAAUCACAAAUCCAACCAUUUGUCAUGUACAAAGUUACAGUCAUGCUCUUUAUAAUGAUUAUGAUGAUGGUUAUUUUAUUUUUAAUUUUGGAUAUGGUGAUUUAAUGAUGGAUAAUAAUAUUAUUAGUUGUGACAGUGGCAAUGAUUAUUACAAAAAGGUUGAUUUACUCAAUAAUAAUACAAAUAAUUUUAAUGCAAGUGAAAUUGAGGCAUUCAAAGUGCAAUUUAAUAGCUAA